AUGAGCAAGAGUGGUUCGAAACCCAAGCCGAACCCGAGCAAGAGCAAUGUUGAAGAGAUUCAUUACAGAGGUGUGAGGAAGCGUCCAUGGGGAAGAUAUGCAGCGGAGAUCCGAGACCCGGUUAAAAGAAUCCGGGUUUGGCUUGGUACCUUCCACACUGCUGAGCAGGCGGCCCGUGCCUACGACACUGCAGCACGUGAGUUACGCGGCACGAAUGCUAAGACAAAUUUCCCGACACUUCUUGAGCUUCAGGUAAAAGGCAGCGGUUAUACUCGUGGUCCUAGUCAAAGUAGGACCACCCACUCGGUCUCUUCCCCGACGGCACGAAGGGUAGCACCUCUGCAGCCCAAACUCAACUUAGGUGGCGGCAGCAGUGGCGCAUGUUAUCGUCAGGUUCCUGUUGCCCUUCCUCCUGUUGCACGUCCCGUUUACUGCUUUAACAUGACGGCGUGUGAUACGUGUGGGGUCGAGAGCGAGUCUGACUCGUCGUCUGUCAAUCUGGAUCUUAAUUUACCUCCUCCGGUGGAGUAG